CAAAAGGUGGGCUCUGUAGGAACGGACCCCAACACAGCCACAGUAGACGCUGGUAGUGGUGGGUGAAAGCGGUGAAAUCUUUUCACCACUUCUCACUGGCGUGUGAGAUGUACGGGCCGUACGGAUGAUGAUGUGAGCCAGCGUGAAUCAGUUGGCCUUUGACAACGAACAGACAGUGUGUGUGUGUGUGUGUGUGUGUGUGUACUUCUUGCAAGCGAUUAACAGCUCAUCUCCCGAGUUCGACCCAGGACGGUGUAUUAUAAAGUGCAUUACGGGAUUGACACUUUGCGUUCAGUUCAGUGUGGUGGAAGUGUUUCUUUGAUGCAAACUACUCGUGAGUUUACUGUUGUGUUGCAUCGUGUGCUAACGGGUGAAAAGUUGAAUAGUGGUUAAUUGUGAUAAGGCAAAUGCAUCCGUAGUAGCCGUCGACGGUGUAAUUCAGCAGUGAAAAGCAUUUUUCGCAACAGCAACAAAAAAUAGUGUCCGAAAUACAGACUCCAGUCUCUCCAUAUCGCCAUUCUGUGUGUGUCGCCAAACAAAGGAGCGCCAGCUGGUGCAGUUUCCUUCUGCUAUACUGGUGUUGGUGCUGUGUGUGAAUGUGCUGCGCUGUGCUAAUCGGUGUGUGAAGUGAGUGAAUCCCGUAUCCCCUCCCGUACUCUGCCCUUGGCGAGAUGGCUGACGACGACGAGUGCGUGCUGACUGAUCGAAUCGUUUAUUGCAACUGCUGCUGCUGCUGCAACCGUCGCCGCCGUCGCUAUUGCAUCGACUAAUUUGUCUGUUAAUGAGAAAAUUGUAAAAAAAAAACCAUCGAUCCAUACCCUUGCAGUGCAUCAUACAGUGGGAGUGUGCAAAAGUGUACUAAUGCAUCCAAACACACAUAUGCUAGGGUCCGAAACUCGCAGGAAUAUAAAAAAUGGGUAGAAACGAUGGAGUAAAACAAUAGAUUGAGCGAUCGAAGUGCAAGUUCAAGGUACAAUGUGUUUAGUGCAUUUGUGGUACAACGAAAGUGGUCGAUACUAUGUAAAGCUCAAGGGCUAAGCAUCAUGCACGAGCGGUCAGCAUUGGGCGACAAAGAGAAGUGUGAUUUCGUAAGGAAAAAAUGGAAACCAUAUCAAAGCUUUACCCUCCGUAAGGCGUCCAUGUGCAGCGAACAGUAGUGAAGCCGCUACACUAACAAAGCAGUAUUCGAUCCAUUCAUAAUGAAAGCCAACGAACCAACCCAGUCAACCCAGCACAGUGUACAGCUAACCAUGCAUCAUACGUCUUGAGCCGGUGGUAGGUCGGUGGUGCCGACUUGGCAACACGCCACAGCUUCCAUCGCUGGCCCUUGCGUUAGACGGAAAGCGAUUGUUAUCGGAUGGUGGGCUGCGCAGUAGCAGCAGCAGCAGCAGCAGCAGCAAGGGCAGCAGCAUUCUCAUCAACUGGCACUACCCGCAGCGACAGCAACCCACAUCCUCCGGUGACGUUGUGCUGAGAAGAUGUUCACCCAAACCAACCGCGACAUUCGAUUCUCCAGUGUAGCCAACGGUGACGAUAACGACGACGACGGUUCUUGCCAUCAUGGCCUGUCAGUGAGCCCAGUGCGCCCGGACCGAGCAUGGUGUGCUGCCGGAAGAUUGUGCUGCCGAGUGGGAACGAUCGCGAUCCACUAUCGCUGCAGCAGUGAACUCGAUGCUAGCAGCGAGCUGCAAGUGACGAACCGGCAUCAAUACUGGCCGAACGGUAUGGGUCGCGCAAUUGAUGAGCCAUCGUUUGCCGAUCUGUUUCGCAAGAAGAAAAAGUGUUGACGGGGGUUCGGUGGUGUUGUGAACCAGUGCGUGAAAUUGUAAAGUUUGAACAACAAUGAAUAUUGAAGCGAGCUCAGUGUGGCCGAACCAGUGAGUGGAGCGAGCAGAUACAGUGUCGUGCAAAAAACGUGUGCAAAAAGUGCGGAAGCUCCAAUGCAAACCACAAAACACUGCUACAGUGCACAAAACACAUACACUAAGCCAAUAUACACAGUGCAUAUCUCAGUGUAGGUAGUGUUGUUCGCAAGAAACAGAUAAAAAAAACACAUAUAAAAAUCCAGCUUCACCAUCAAGUGUAAGAAAAACGGUUGAAAUGUGACAUAAAGAUCGAUCAGAUGAAAGUGAAAUGUUGAUUUGCAGCAAGUGUCGUUUGUGAUACAAGUGUGUACCGAUAGUAAGGCGUAGAAGCAGUGUAGUUUCAUUUGCAAGACAAACUGGCCAUUCCGUAGCCUGCCAGUCUGGCCAAUUUAUCAAUAAACAAGGUGUGAAUCGAUGUUUUCGUACCUCAGGCUACAGUGGUUUGGCGUUCUGUGAAGAGUGACGAGCGGGGACAGCGUGACAAAUCGAGAGAGAGAGAGAAAAAAAAACAGGAUACAGUUUCACAGUUCACAGAUCAAAAGGUGCAUUAGCAUCAACCGGAGAGCAAAAUGGACGACAUGCCCGAUCUGUCGCACCUAACGCAGGAGGAACGGGCCAUCAUCGAGGGAGUGAUGAUGCGCCAAAAGCAGGAGGAGGAACGGGAGAACGAGAUUAUGCGGCGCAAGCAGGACGAGGUGGCGACGCUUGUCGACUCGAUCCGGCAAAAGUCGGAGCAACAAAAGAAGGCCGGGGUCGAGCUGGAGGCCACGUGUCACAUCUGCCUGAAGACAAAGUUCGCGGACGGUAUCGGGCACAUCUGUCACUACUGCAACAUUCGCUGCUGUGCCAAAUGCGGUGGCAAAGUAACACUACGCAACAAUAAGGUCAUAUGGGUGUGCAUAGUGUGUAGGAAAAAGCAAGAGCUUCUGUCGAAAACGGGUCAGUGGAUGAACAAAAGCACCAGCCCGGACGGUGUGAUACGAAGACAGGAAGGCGACCCGAGGACGCUGCCCCAAACCAUGCUCGAUCCGCACGAUCCCUCCGACAAGCGUCCGAAGCUGGAGCGGGCCCGCAGCGCGGCAGAGAAGGAGAACAAUCCGAUGCAGCGGGCCAACAGCCAGCUGCGCCGGCAGUACAGCCAGCAGGAUCCACCGACCCGCCGGCUGUCCCAGUCGGACGGUAGCGGGAUGGACAUGAUGAUGUCGCCCGGCCAUCACCAGCAGCAGAUCGGCCGGAUGCAGCAGAUGGGCCACGGGCAGGUGGGCGGCAUGUACGGUGGCCGGCCGGCGGCAGGCCAGCAGGGCUACGGCGGUGGCCCUUACGGGCAGCAUUCGCAGCUUCCCCAGCCACCGAUGCAUCAUGGUGGCGGUGGUGGUGGUGGUGGUCCGUACGGUGGUCAGCAUUCGAUGACACCGCAGGUGCACAUAACCCAUGCCGGCGGCGGCGGCUAUGGGCACGAUGAUCCGAGCUACUAUCAGAGCGAAAUCGAAGAUCUCAUGCGAACCCAUCCGCAUCUGGUGCAUCCGAGGCAGCAGCAGCACUACGCCGAGUCGCUCCAGUCCAGCUCGGCUCACGGUAGCAGCGGCAUGGGAGGCGGAGGUGGUGGUGUUGGCAGUGGCGGUAUGCACCUACCACCGGAGCCCACGAAAUCGCACAAGCGACCGCUCGGUGGCCCGUACCUGCCCCAGCAACGCUCCUUCAGCAGCUCCGACGAGGACAUUCGCUCCACGCCGGAGUUCGAAGCCGGUCACCAAAGACAGUAUUUCGAUAAUCACACUCGACUGAACGCUAACCUUACUGACUAUCGAGCAACAAAGCUGGACGUGCAGCAACGCAACAGUUACAAUCGUACCAAUCACAACCGAUAUCAAUCACCGUCCCAGGCGGCGCAGCAUUCAUCCCAUCCGUAUCACUACCAGCCGUCGCAGGAUCCGCUCGGCCGGGACUACCAUCCACAGCAGCCACUGCCGCAGGUGGUGGUCGGCGAUAGCACUAUCGCAGGCUACGAUAGUAUUAGCCACCAUCAUCACCAGCCCCAUCAGCCUCACCAGUCGCUUCACCAUCUUUCGGGUACGGUGGCACCGAGCCCGGUCACGAUACCGCAGGGCCUGCACGGUGGUAGCAGCGGGAGCAGCAGCAGCAGCCAGCAGCACCAUCCGUACCAGCAGCCGCCCCACCAGCAGCAGUGCAACAGCAGUAGCAGCGGUGGUUCCAGCCACAGUACCACGGGACAUCAUCCGGUGGCGCAGAACUCGCACGCACGGUACGGUACGAGUCCGGCCGGGACCGAGCAGCCGGAUCCGUACUGGGACGAGCCGGCGGACAGUCGGCGGUUUACCGAGCGCAGAAAGAAGACGGUCCGGUUCGAUGGGCAGGACUCGGACGAUUGGUCCCGGUGGGAAUCGGAACGGCAGGGCAGCCAGGAUUCGGCGACCAAAGACUCCGGCAUUGACACGAGUAGCACGUUUACCAGUAGCGAAGACUCGAACCGUGGCGAUGGCCCAAAGAAUCCGCUAAGCUGGCAGGUAGUGUCAUCGUCGGACGGUGGCCGACCGAUCGGUCCAGCAGUGCAGCGAAGACCGUUUGACGGCGAAGAUGUGCUAGGGUUAAAAGUGCGCGGUGGCCAGGUGUUACCGAGCGAUCCCCGUGCAGCGCUCAUCGAACUGGAGAGUGCCCACAUUAGGCCAGAAAAUUACGAUCGCCGCGAUAAGCCCAGUGUGCUGGUUACCUCGCCAGGAUCGCCCGAUCUGCACAGUGUGCGUAACUACUCCAACUCGCGGUACAGCAACCGGCUGGCACCGGCCGGGACGGUCACGCAAGAGAACAGUGUCGGCGGCCGGGUACAGAUCAAGCUCGGCUUCGAGCCCAGCUCACUGCAGCUGAUCGUGACCAUCCUGUGCGCCAAUGGGCUUGUGCCUCGCGGCAACGGUGCAGCACGCAAUCCGUACGUUAAGAUUUGUCUGCUACCGGAUCGAAGCGAAAAGUCGAAACGACGCACCAAAACGUUAGCCCUCACGAACGAUCCGCGCUGGGGCCAAACGUUCGUCUACGAAGGCUUGCGAAGGGCGGACCUAAAUAACCGUCUGUUUGAGGUGACGGUGUGGGAUUACGUACGGUACGGUGCGAAUGAUUUCCUUGGCGAAGUAAUAAUCGACCUGUCCACACACCCGCUGGACGAUGAGGCGGAAUGGUAUAUUCUUCAACCCCACCAGGACACACUGCGCGAUACUUUGCGUAGAGACGAUAAAGAACCUGGCAACGAAUUGGAUAUGAUAUUGACCCCGACCGAUCAUUUAUCGCCGCCGAGUACGACCUCUCGAUUGAGUGACUCUGAUACGACAUCCGAAUGCGAUAUAGAUGGUUUGAUGACCGGACGUGACGGCGCUAGUGUAUCAUCCUUAGGCAGCUCAUCUAGUCCUCCGCCAGAGGUCGAUCUGCAGGACAGACGAUCUAGACGGGAUAUGUCCCCGCAAGGCAGGAAACGAGCAGCUGGUAUGGUAGCGAAGGACUAUCGUACAGUUUCUGGUGUCGGACAGGGAUUUCACAACCAGAUGAGUGCAGAGGCAUCGUCGGCGUACAGGCGCAACGGUACGAUGGCGUUGAAUCAGCGAAGCCAAUCGGCGGCACCGAGCGACAACUAUCGGGACGAUCGGCGGGACUCGUUAUCGCCACAAGAUGAUAGAUAUACAGAAUAUCCAGUUCUUCCAUUGCAUCAGUUUGCGCCAAGAUUUCAAUCACGAUCAGCGACAGCGACACCAACCGGUUCACCGAAGAAACGACAAUUACCACAAGUACCUCACAUGUCACGGAAUGCAGCAAUACGGGAGCGGUUCAUUCAGGACUUUGAGGAGCGCAGUGGUGGACGAUUCGCGCGGCAUCGUGGCCGCCAGAGCCACCAUCAGCCAACAUACCGCAGCACGGGGAUGGGAGGCUGGGAGCGACACUACUCCGGACUGUCCGACAGUGACUUGACGACGCAUUCGUUAGAGAGUAGAAUUAGGCCACGGCACUCACUAUCUCCGGACAAGGAUUUUAUGGGUGACUUUGGCGAUUCCGACAUGGAAUCGGUAGUUAGUGUUACUUCAAGUGCUUUCUCAACCCAAUCGGAGCGACCGCGCGGAUCGAAAGGGAUCAGGACUCAUCAGAAUCGCCGUCUUCAGCACCGGAGCCUACCGACGGGAUGGGCAACGACCUCACUUUGCGCCCUGCCGAGUGAGUCAUACCCGUGCGGAGGUCAGCAGGUGAUGGCCGACAACUCGGGCAUACUGCCAGUGUUGCCGGAUGUAACGCAAGCCACAAUCAUUCCUCCCAAGCCGGAGUUUGAGCUACCACCUCCUGCUUGUACUGUGGUUGGUCCUUCCGUAGUUGGUAAUGCUAGUACCUGUAGCAGUUUUGUAUCCCCGUUGCCCGUAAGCAUCCCGAUCGAUUCCGUGCUAUCGGAACCGAUACCGAUCUCUCCCGCUCCACCCGACAAGACAAUCUCGCAAGUGUCCGAUAUGGCUGGCAGCUACGGUGCCGUGCCCGUCAGUCAUGGUGGCUCCAUGCCUGAAGGGUACUUUAAUGAACAGUGCAUCACGCUGCAGCCGGAGCGUAGUACGAUUCGUAGCAUUUCCAUGAACCCGGGCAGCGACAACGUUAUGAGCACCUCGGUGAAUUUAUCCUCCAGCCAACCGGGGUGCCAACAUCCCGCGACGUCGUUCGAGUUUCAGUCGGGAUCACUUCCCACCGAGCAUUACUUUGGGCGUGCGAGAGCUCAUCCUGCCGGCGGCGUCUCGAUGGAUCCGAUCAUGUCGUCCUCGAUGCACGCCGCAGAUGGCACUGGCACGGUUGAGUACGAACAGUGUGCACCGUCAAUGGGGCGGCGUCCAUCGUAUGCGAUGCGGUCCAACACCUCAGAACCGAACCUCAACUCGAUGAUCAUGCGACGGCUCUCGAACCGUCCCAUGGAGCAACCGCAUGCGUUUGGAUACGCGCAGCCGCGCAAUCAAAUGAUAUCGAUCUCGAAUCGGUAUCAUCCCCAACCGCAUGUCGGCAUGGGUGGGAGCGACAUGGGCUCGAAGUAUGCUCCACCACCGGUUGCCACGAAUCAGAUCAUUUUAAAGUCAUCCUUUUCCGACCAGAAUUUGCAUAAUAGCAUCGUUUACGAGCCGGGCGGGAUGGGUGGCGGUACCGGAGGGCAGAAUAUUUGCAUUUCAAACAAGAAUGUGUACGAUCCACACACAGGUUACCAGAAUCAGACCAUCACGUGCAUCAGCAAUAGUAGGGAAAAUCUGGGUGAAAGCAACUUCCGGUACACGAGCAAUCCGGAGGGCACGGUUUGUGAAAUCAAUGCACCGGAUGUGCAGUUUCGCAGUUCGCGCGCUUCAAACUUGUACGAGGAAGUGGCAUUGCCACUGGAGCAGGCAAGAGUGCCGGUGAAGGAAACGCUCUCGGUUGGUCGCAAUAUUGAUUGUGACGAGCAUGAGUAUGGCGUGAGCGAUCUGGAGAUGCACCCCGAUCAUAUUCUCAACAAACCGAUCGAGGUGCUAAAAUCUCCCAGCGAGUAUCGCUACUCGGCCUACCCGAAGAAGGUGACCGAGGACGCGUACGUAGUUAGCAGUGUCGUUCGCGGGAAGCCGGAGAAGAUCUCACGGUCGCAUUCGUUGAUAGCGCAGGAUCAGAUAAUAGACAUUGAGUACGAUUCGGAUACGGGCUGGAAGACGAAAAGCGUUCGCAAGAAUGUGUUUGCGAGCAGUGUGGAGGAGAAGGUGUACAGGAAACGGACUCGUUCGUUGGGAGGCGGGAACAGUGAAGAGGAGACGAAGGACGGCAGGGACAGUCAGUGUGAAACGAAGAAGGUCACUCCAGUGCAGGGCAGGAAAAGUAGGAGCGGUUCCAAAGCUAGUCUAGAUCGUAGCAACUUGACGCUAAACAUAGUCAAGAAUGUUGACGCCGAAGAACCGUCGAAAAAUCAGUCCGAAACGGGCAAAAGCAAGAAAAUAGAGAAACCCACAGCAACUGGGAAGCAGGGGGAGAAGGAAAAGUGUACGGCUGUGGCAAAGAAAGAAAAGGAAUCGAGUAAGGUCGGCAAAACCAGCUCCACGUCCAAGCCGGGAAUGGUAAAAUCAAAGUCGUCCACCGGUUCGAGUACACCGAAAAAGGGUACAAAAAGUCCGGCCAAAAGCGGGUCGGGUUCGAUAAAGAAAGCAGGUUCUUUGAAAGGGAAACAGGCAAAAACGGGAGGAUCUACCCCAUCCAUUGCGAGUAGCUCGAAGGUGAAAGUCACCGAGAAGCCUAACUUCACGGAGAUAGAUACGAAAAAGUCCAAAUCCAAGCUGCCCUGUAAGAAGACGGACAGCAAGAGCCGUGUGGACGAGAUCAAGUCCGAAUCGACCGUGCUUUACAGCAGUUCGGAAUCGAUCAAAUCCAUCAUCGACGAGGUGAGGAUGGAACUGCUGCAGAAGCCAAAGUCGACCGUUUAUCUGAGCGACGAAAGCCCGACCGUGCUGAACCGUAGCCACUCGUUCAGUGACGGCGAGCUUAACUACAGCAAACGCCUCCACGAUAGCUACGAUAAGUAUGAGUUUGUGGACGGUCGCAAGCACUAUCUGCUCAAGGAUGAGCGGUUGAAGCAACGGCUCACCGAUCGGUACGGUCAUGAAAGGGCGGUGGGAUACGAGAGAAGUACCGAUCGGCGCCGGGGUGACGAUGAGUACGAGCGCAGGGGAUGUCGCAUGGUACCGGACGGCGAGGAGGAUGAUCCGCGCCGACGUCCGGAAAUGUUUGCCAAGUGCAAAUCGCACAGCUCCAGCCUGGUAUCGAACGAUGCGGGUGACAUUCAGCUCCGGCGCAAGGUUUAUCACAGCGACAGUGCUGAAGAGGAGGACGAUGACGAUGGGCGGGAGGACGAGGAAGAGGGCGACGAUGAGGUGUUUGAAAGUUCGUUCUCGCGGGGCCGGAACUCGUCGUUCAAUGGGAAGUCAUCGCUGAAGCGUAGGGCACGGUAUGAUACGAGGCGCACGAGUAGCCUGGAGGGUUUGGAUCAGUUUCUGGCCAACUUGCAGGAUCGUAAUCGUCGCGGGGGUCGCGACGGUGCUGGUAAAAACGAUAGCGUACGGCACAGCUCCGUAAGCAUCAACGAGAAGCCCGAAUACUUUGAGUACACCAAGUCUCCCUCCUCACCGUACUGCACCAGUAGUAGUGGCCGUGCUAGUGCUAGUAGUAGAAAACCCGCUAACUAUGCUUCCACUCUUUCCUCCAACAAAUCCUCCAAUGGCGUUGCGUUGCUGCAAACCACACCGAAACGGCCGUCGAUGAAAAAAUCUUCCAACAUGCCACCGGCGGUGGGCGAUGGUGGUGGCCGUGGGGCUGAUGGGACCCGAUCCCGAUCGCACGAUCGUCACGCGGCAACCCGUUCCGGCUCACCGUCAACUUCGGCCGGGCGCCUACCGGUGGACCAUCAACGCCGGGCCCGUACCACCCACAGUGACUACGAUGUGCGGGGCCGCAGCCGUUACGGUGGCCACAACGGAGGACGGGAAGCGUAUCGGCAGCGCGAUCGUGACCGGGACCGCGAUCGGAACAGUAGCGAUCACGAGCGGGACCGAGAUCUGAGCGAUCGAGAGCAACGGGAGUCGCGGGAGCGCGGCGAACUGGACCAAAGUCUUUCGAAUACCGAGGGAACACCGGAGGAUAAGAUAGACGGUAGCCUAAGUGAUACUGCAGUGAUACAGAGCUUGGAUGCACGACGUAAGUUGGACCAACGAUCGCCGAAAAGCGAAACGCCCACCAGGGACCGGGACCGGUUCGGUACCGGUAUGGGUAUCAAGAGUAACUCGACGUCGCAACUGUCGGCAACAGAUGAAAAAGGUCGUAAGCGACGCAUGGGGUUUGGUAAGCGUGGCAAGAAUUCCUUCACCGUGCAUCGAAGCGAGGAGGUGCUUCCGGGCGAGGUGCGCGGCGGCGGCGGUCUAUCGCGGGGCUCGUCCGCCUCCAGCGAUGGUGAAGGAAGUGCCGACGGUGACAGAUGGUCACCGUCGCUAAGAGUAGCGGGUGAUACCGGACCUUUAUCGGACUUCAUCGAUGGUUUGGGACCAGGACAGCUAGUUGGACGCCAGGUACUGGGUGCUCCGGCCUUAGGGGAUAUUCAACUGUCUAUGUGCUAUCAGAAGGGUUCCUUAGAGGUUGAAGUGAUAAGAGCAAGGGGAUUGCAGGCACGUCCUGGCUCAAAAGUACUUCCAGCGCCUUACGUUAAAGUGUAUUUAGUUUCCGGUAAAAAGUGUAUAGAAAAAGCAAAAACAACGACUGCUAGAAAAACGUUAGACCCACUAUAUCAGCAACAACUAGUGUUUAGGGAGCCGUUUGCGGGAUGUAUACUGCAAGUCACGGUAUGGGGCGAUUAUGGUCGUAUGGAAGGCAAAAAAGUAUUCAUGGGUGUAGCGCAGAUCAUGCUGGACAACCUCAACCUCUCACACAUCGUCAUCGGCUGGUACAAACUGUUCGGAACAACGUCACUGGUCAGUGGGCCACCUAGCUUGGGCCUGUCUAGAAGAUCCUCGAUCGCCUCACUCGAUUCACUCAAGCUGUAAAGCCACUAACUGAACCAUCACCAAACGAAGUUCUUCCUAUCCCAGCUCGCCACAAACUCCAUCAUUAUCACCACUCUGACACUCGUUCUGUCGUCCUUGCUGUCCUUCUAUCCUACUAUCCUCUCACUAUUCUAUGUUGCUAUAGACCAAUCUAGAUGAAUAGAUAUUGUUUAACACUACCGCACACAUACCUAUUUUGCUGCUUCUGCGUGUGUAAGGCAAAUAAAAUGUAUUGUGCAUUCUGCUGAUACACUCCAGUGCUGGCUGACUGGCUGUUCUUACUCUGAAUCCUACUACUUUUAGUAAGAAGAAUAUAUUGUGUUUUAUCUUUAAAUGUUUAGAUUUUUGUUUCCUGUUCUAAUUGAUUUUGAAGUUGAACGGUCAGCCUAUGUAAAAUAUGUUUUUGUUAUAGAUCAUUCGUUAUAGUGUAUAGAUUUGAGUCUUGGUUAAGUAUAAACUCUUAAGGCUGUUGAUCUGUUUACAAGAAAUAACAAGUUCAAGGAAUUUAUCAUUGGGCUUUGACUUUCAAAAGAGUCGAAAUUAUUCAAAGAUCCAUUUAUUGCACUAAACGUCACUGAGAGCAUGAUUAACUACAUGAUAAACUCGAAUCACAGCAAAUGUACUUGGCUACCGUGGUUUGUUUUAAUUAUAUUUAAUAAUAGAAUAUAGUAACAUCAAGUAAGUAAGUAAUCACGAAAGGAAGUGAUUGUUAAUUAAAGCCAAUCACAUUAACAAAUAAUUCUGAAAAUUACUCCGAUGGUGAUGAAGAAUAAGUUGAUCAGUUACCCAGCACCUAGUCGCAGUAUUAUGGCAUUUGAAGUUCUAUCCUUAAAAUAAAAGCCUAUAAAAGGCUCCACCAUAAAACUCCCCUCAAAAUUCUUAUCCUAACCCAUGCUCCACCAGGACAUCAAACAAGGCGUACAUUGAAAGCCAGCACGCCGUAGCUGGUUAGCUUGGGCACAUUGUGCAUCCCUCACUAUCGCGAAUGUGCGUAGUCAAACCUUAGCCGCAAAAAGUUCACGUAGCCACUAACAGUGCUAACAAUACAGAACCACACUCACCUUGUUUUCCCACAUUCGGUAUCUCCUUUCUAGUAAGACAAACUCGUUUCUAAACCUGAACUAUAACUAUGGAAUGGUAUGAGCACGUAUUUCAUCACCGCCGCAACGUACAUCGACAGGUGAACAACACUGGUCUUAUCGCAUAUAGAAAGUAAAUGCUACACACGAAAAAAUGGAUAACAAAUCAAUCCAUUCACGUAUGCGCUAUCAAAACCAUUUACGGCCUUACAUACGCAAAGGGACACUUUGGAGCUAUUCACCAACGCACGGCUACGGUUGGGAUACAGUUUCGUUCCAGGAACUUCUACUGCUGAAUGUGGUCUGCAGAGAAAGACAGCAAAAUGAGACAAAACAUACCCGUUUGUGCGCGAUCGUGAUUGAUAUUACUUGUUUUAAUUCAUUCGUUAACGUACAUACUUUAAAGUCUACUCCGGAGAAUAGAAAACGGGGUACGAAUAAACGAACACCAUAGAGCGCAAGAAUGACGGGGCCUACGAAGUCCAAGCAUGUUUGAUAACAUCUUAUAGACGGGGAAAGUAGGACACACGAAGAUCAUUCCACCAUGUGAAAGUUUGAGGAGAAAGAAAACCUAGAGGCAAUAGGAGAAGAAAAAAAAGAAACUCAAAUCUGUGAAUUUAUUAAAUUGUACUAUUUGAAACCAAACCAAAACAGACACAAACAUAAUAUGGCAAGAAGCAGCUAACGAGUAAAUGCGAGAAUAAAGUUAUAAAACAAAUUAGACACGUAUAUGCUUCAGUAAACUGAUGCAUCGAAACAACAGGCAAACGAGAAGGCAACUGAUAGCAAUGAAACGAAAGGUGUGAAAAACUCACCCAACUCGUGGAACUUGUGAGCUAGCGAUCGCAGAUGAUGCUAGUGGAUUUGUCACGUUCUUUAGUCUGCUCAACAGCAAGCAAAAAUUUGGACAAAUGUUUGAACUUUGGCCAAUGCUCGUUAGAUCCGCAAGACGUUACCUGGUAUCGUAGGGCAAUCUGAGCCGUCUCGGGACGGAAACAUUCACAAUGAACGAAGGAAGUACAAAAGCAAGCUUUUGCCUUUGGCAGGAUAAAGCGUAAGAAGAGUAGUGAACCGAUUGUCCUGAAACGGUACUGUAUGAUGCUGUUAUCGUACUGUAGGAGUUAAAAAAAGUCACGCAGUUGAUCAAAGACAAGCAAACACCCAAAUCAGUAAAACCAAAAUAUACACCCUUACAUACACACAGAGCCACAUUGUCAUACUUAACUUAUCAUAAAUGAACAAAGCUAAAGACAUGAAAACAAAUAACAACUAAAAUCAACAUAUUGUUUGCCUUAGCUCUCGAAUAGACGCUGUUUGAAUAAACUCAUGCUUUCAAAAUCAGCUAUUAAACAAACGCGCAUUUACACAAUAAGCAGUAUCAACUGAAUCGGACAUGUACUCCAGCAGAGUACAGAGUAAAAAAGCUUUGAGUCGCCCCAUUGCUUCAUGCUACGGGAGGAUUGCUAAUACGAUGCAUAGAAGCUAGAGCGCCGCGAGGAAAACCUCUUUGAACCGAGUGCAACCUGAGGAGUAGCUAUUACCACGGCAAGUAUGUAAGCGAGCAGGAAGCUAAAAAUUGGGUAACAGUGUAAGCAUAAUAAGUACAUUUGCCGGAAAGAAGGGAAUGCGAAACGAGCCAAAAAUCAUAUCUUUAUCAGUAAGAAAAUUCUUAGCAAAUAUUAAUACAAACGGAACAAAUGAGGAAGAGAGGAAUACAACACCGACACAACCAGACACACACAUACACACACGUACACACAUAACAGAACCCAAAUAAAUAGGUACCAACAAAUCAACAUUAUAGGAUGCAGCACUUGUUUCGCUGAGUAUCAGAAACGAUAGGAUUAGUUAGGAGCAUGAAAUAAAAGGAUAUCGUUCGAGUCCUGAUUAACAAAUUACGCUAAAAGUGUAACGUUGUUUAUGCAAGAGAUGCAAAACAGUAAAGUAAGAGAUAGAGAUUGAGAGAGUAAGGGAAGAGGCGUGCAAUUGUAAAUGAUAAAUGAUCACAUUUUAUGGUGCAAAUCAUCGCCAAGGGAAGUGGGAUGAAUAAAGAAUCGAGAGCAUUACGUAUGCGUGUGUGUUACGCUUUUGCUCUGGUUAGUUGCUUGAAUCUUGGCGCGCUAACGGUUGCAAUCGCAAUGGUGAUGUUGAUCAAGCUCGAUGUGCAAGAAAUUAUUCCAGAAGCCAGCUUAGUAUUUUAAGCGUCUACACGACUACACCUUCUGGGACCUAAUGGAAUGGUUCAUCUGUGUCCGUGGAAGGAUUUUAAUUUAGUUUUUAUAGCAUAUAUUGUUUGCAUUCCAAAUGUCAUACAUCCGUAUUCUUCUCGUCAAACACCAACAUUUGUGAGCUUUUUGAAAAGAACUGUUGCACUUUGUUACGUUGAACCAACACUAUGGUUGAACUAUGUUAGGUUGAACCAAUAAAAAACAAUUUAACUUUUUGGCUUAUGAUUUGUUCGUAGUUGGUUUUCUUUAAACUCCUGCACAUUGAGGAUGAUUUGCACCACCGAGCGAAGUUCAUAUGUAAAUAUAUAAAGGAAAAACAGAGAGCUAAAGUCGAAGAGGAAGGUGCAGAAAGAUAGAAGCUGCUUCAACUCCUGAAAAAUAUACUUAUCAGCAUAGCAUUGCACAUGCACAUUGAAGCAACCAUUGAGUACGGUUUUUCUUUAUAUCUUAUUAUCUCUCUCUCUCUCUCUUUCUCUUCUCUCAGCUCAUUUCUUCCCCUUUAAACAAAGCCUCAAAAUAUUAAAUUAUUAGGAACAACAACAUGCAACGAGCAUCAGCUGUCUUUAAACAGGAAAAAAUACAAAAAAUAAAUAAAAUAACAUAAAAACAAACAAACAAAACUAUUAAAUAAGAUCAACUGAAUGAAGGAAAUGUUAAGCAAACAGACGCAAGAAAGAUCGGUUGAGCAACAAGGGCAGCAAGCAGCAGGUGUAAAUAAGAUCAGGUUUCUACAGGGAACUAUAGGCGAAGCGAUUCAUUAUCAUGUAGCCAAUCUCAGAGACAACAAAUGGUUUGAAAAGACUCUCGACGCAGGGGACAGAUCGUAAGGACAGUCGUUUGUUGUCAACCUGCGGUAAAGCAAUCGUAUGUUUUUGGUUGAUUGUUUUACCCAACGCUUGGAAACUUGGAACCAUUUCCUCUCCGUUCUAUUAGAUGAUCAAGCUUCACGCCACUAAUGUUUGGUUUACGAAUACCUUUCGGAAGCUUUGUAUUCUUGAUUUGUUAUCUAACUCACGUUCGAGCUGAAACAACGAAAGUAAGCAACCAAACUCUAUUUUUUUCAAUGUUUGUAUAUUUAGCAGAAGUGAGUCGUUUAAAUGGUUGAAUAACUGCACUAUUGUUUUGUGCGGCAGCUUAUGACUAAAAUUGGCAGGUUGCAAAGAAAGUCGAUGCAGUUUGUUGGAUUGUUACCCCCACAUUGUCUGAUCCGUCCAGUGGAAAAUGGAUUAAUUUACGCCAAAUAACGGAAACUUAAACACAACCUUUUGCCACGACCGCUUGUGUGUGUAUGUGUGUGUGUUUGCGCUGCCUUGGAACACUCUUCGAGUGAUGAAGCAUAACCAGGACCAACCAAUUUUUCCUCCCAUUCGUACUUCAGCGGUAUGUUCAUGUUUAGUUUAUUUGCGAACCGAAGAUUAUGCAUCGCGUGAUGAGUCGAACGCGCGAAAUAAGUAUAUUGAAGAUGGGUUAAUUUUUUGUUUGACAAGAUUUACUUUACGUCGCAUUGUUGGUAUGCCUUUUUUGUGUUUCCUGGAACCGUAAUACGCUUAGUAAGGUAAGGAUUUGAACGUCAACAUGUUUACACAAUCACUGUGUUUAGUCCAUGAUCUGGAACACAAUUGACAGUGUCGAAAAUUGUCAUGAGAGAAUUGGUGAAAUAAUGGAACAGAACAGUAUCAUCUGGAAAGUAUAAGGUUAUAAUUAUUGCUUUAAGUGCUUUGCAGUAUAUUACUAAUACCAAAUGCAAAUGAAAAGGAGAAAUAAAUAAGUGAAAAAUAACGAAGAAAAACGAAAAAAAAACAUAAUUCGAAAACAGCAAUUGAGGCCUAUUGACUAUGCAACAAAAAAAAAGAAAAACAAAUGCAUGGUUUAGAACACAGCACUUGUGUUAUGCAUUGACCAGAUUAAUUAUUUAAAAUUUUGUUCCGCUUGAGAGCUUGCUCGCUUAUUAUCCAGGAUGGCGUUACGAGGUGAUGCUAAAUAUAAUAUACGAACGUGAUAGACAGACAGGAAUGGUUUUGGUACGAAUGAGCAGUCGUCGCUUCUUCUGCACACUAUAGCAGUAUCUUAUGAAACGUUACACGUUAUGAAACAUUUAUGUUAGUGUCGAAUAAGUUGCUUGGAGCGUGCUGUUUUACCAUGUGUGCGAGUAUGUGUAGCCUUUUGAAAAGACGCUAAUUGCGAACCAAUCGUACUGCAUCGGAAAAGAUUACGCAUUAGACACUACGCCUUCCUGUAAACGAUCAGACGGUGUAGAUCACACGUACACGAAACGAUCCAGGGAUGUGGAAAUGUUACCACUAUAUCGAUUAUUUGCAUUUCGAUAGAAGUUUGAAGAUAGACCAGAGAGCACGAACAACAUCAAAAACAAAAAUAAAAUAUAAAUAAAAAGGGAGAGGGAAAGCAACGUAAAGCAAACAAGCAUGGCUACCCGCGUCGGUGUGACAAAAGAGUUCUUUGGAAUGUGAGAAAAUGUGUACGCUGAAAUUGUAUGUUGGGAAAUACGGGAAUAGAAAUGUUAGUAGAUAAAAAAACAAAUAAACAAACAAAAAGAUUGUUGAGCGACAUGAGUAAAGUAAAUUAAUUUACAAACAAUUGAUAUAAAAGAAUAUUAACAAAAUACAUCAAUAAUUGAAUCAACAAUCCAACCAACCAAGUGGAACACAGAAAACCAACCACAACGUUGCCCUCCCUGUUUUUCUCAUCGUCGACAGAAAACAGGGGAGUGGGUGGCGUUUGUACAAAGCUAGGGCAAAGGAAAUCACAUGAAACAACUAGUACUCGUAGCUAAGAACCAAUGAAGUUAGACUGGGUGAAAAGGGUUAAAAAUGCAAGUAAAAAGUAAAUUUUAAAAUUAUUUUAUAUUAACUUUAGUAAAACACAUUCUCACGACACAUCACAUAAACAUAAAAAACCAAACAAACUUUGCUGAAACAAUGCUGUAAGUAAAUGCUGAAAAAAGUCAUACACUUCACAUGGCCAGAGGGUACAUCUUUACUUCAUGUUUUUUUUACACCCACACACAUUUACACAUACACACACUUAUACACAAUUACAAACACUAGAAGUUAAUUGGAAAAUCGAUAAAAUUAUACAUUAAACAUGAAACAACAUCAAGAAUCUAAACAAAACGAGCCAAAACAGAAUGAAAUGCACUGGAGUACGCGAAUGGUAAUUUACCAUCAUACAUUCAAAUUUUGCUGGAUGAAAACAUAAGACAAACAAUUAACACACGUGUACUCUACCCUACACAUAAGAAGCGGCAUCACACAAAACUCAUUCCACUAGAGAGAACAAUCCAAAAUCAGUCACACUAGCCACACCGUCAAGAUAGUGCAAAAAAUGUCCCAGCAAAUGCGGUUAUAAUGCGAUGCAAGCAGCAAAGGAACGGAAAUAGUAGCAACCCGAUAGAGAGAAUGAGAAGGAGCAGGAGCGAAAGAGAGAUAGAAAGAGAAAUAGAGAGAAAUAGAGAGAAAGAGGGAUAAGAAACAGGAUAAUACAAUGUACAAUUGUAUUGUUAAACCGCAUUAUACUUACAGUGUCAACCGUUUACAGUAACAUGCACACUAUCAACGCGUAUACAUUGAACACUCGUAAACACAGAAGCAUGAACACAAAAUGGUGAAGAUG